AUGUUCCUCAUGUUCCUUGUCGUCCAGCUCUUCCACUUCCACUUCCUACUCCUCGACGAGCAGGACGAGCAGGACGAGCAGGACGAGCAGGACGAGCAGGACGAGCAGGACGAGCAGGACGAGCAGGACGAGCAGGACGAGCAGGACGAGCAGGACGAGCAGGACGAGCAGGACGAGCAGGACGAGCAGGACGAGCAGGACGAGCAGGACGAGCAGGACGAGCAGUACCACUAG